AAAUCUCAUAAAUUUCCAAUGAUUGUCGGGAGAAAGAUGUCAGAACUUGUAGCAGCUGACGGAAUUACAAAUGUUACGGGCCGGGCUAACUGACGGAGUUCACUCCGAGCCGUAGAAGCUCAUUCGCUUCCGCGAUGAAAUUUGGCAAGACCUUCGAGUCCCAUUUGACGGUCGAAUGGCGUGAGCAGUAUAUGCGAUAUGGGGAUCUCAAGCAUAUGAUCAGGCGAGCCCUGGAGGAUGCACCAUCCAGCAUUCUGGUUGAGGAUUAUGCAAUCCAAAGCUAUUUCCGUGCCUUCGAGGAGCGUUUCCUCAUGGAAUGCCAACUGGAGUUGACGCGAGUGGAUAACUUCUUUCUGGAGAAGCUAAUGGAGGCGAAGCGAAAGCAUGGUCACCUCAAGCUCCAGCUGAUGGCCUAUUCCCGGGCACCUGGCUACACUGGCAGCGAGGUGUCCAUUAGUAGCCAUCGAAGUCAAGGAUCCCGGCUUCAGGGUCGAGAUCUAACUGCACCCAAAAAGAUCAUGACACAUCGCCAGUUGAGCACGGCCUACUGUGAAUUCUAUUUGAGUUUGGUGCUCAUCCAGAACUAUCAGACAUUGAAUGAGACUGGUUUCCGGAAGAUUUGCAAGAAAUACGACAAGAAUUUACGCUCCACAGCGGCCAGCAGUUGGUUCGAUGAGAAUGUGGAAAAUGCUGUGUUUACGGAUAGUCGAUAUCUGCAGCGAAUGAUCCGUGAAGUGGAGGAUCUAUUCACCGCUCAUCUGGCCAGAGGGAAUCGGCAAUUGGCCAUGACCAAGCUUCGUGUACCGCCAUUGGGUAAACCCGCAUCACCGGCCAUGGUCUUCCAAUCGGGCUUUGCCCUGGGCAUGCUCCUAAUGCUCUUCCUGGGCACUGCAAUCAGUUAUUGGAAGCGACCUCCUUGUCCGGAUGACAAGUCCACCUUUAUGAGUCUGUAUAGAGGACCACUCACCUGGGUCAUCUUCAAUCUGUAUAUGGCAGCCAAUGUGGCUGGUUGGGAACGGGCGGGUGUCAAUCACAUCCUCAUCUUUGAUAUAGAUCCAAGGGAUCAUAUGCAACCGGCUAGAUUUUUGGAGAUUGCCUGCAUCUUUGGCAUCCUUUGGACCCUGUCCAUGCUGGGUUUCCUCCAUUACAGGGUUAUGCAUCUAAGUGAUCCUUUUAUCUUUCCCCUGGCCCUCAUCUUGAUCCUGGCCGGGUUGCUGGUGAUGCCGUUGCCCGUUUUGAAUUUAAAGGCUCGCUGGUGGACCAUCAAGUUGCUGGGACGAGUGAUCACUGCCCCUCUGCAUUAUGUGGGUUUUGCGGACUUUUGGAUGGGUGAUCAAUUGAAUUCGUUGGUCAACUGCCUGGUGGAUCAUUACAUUAUGGUGCGUUUCUAUUUGCUUUGCUGGCUGCAUCGAGAGCGGAGCUUGAACUGCUUUCAUCUGGAUGUGAUGGUGCCCAUUGUGAGGUGUCUGCCCGCCUGGUUUCGGUUUGCCCAAUGCCUGAGACGAUUCCGGGAUAGUGGCUCGAAGUCAUUGAUAUAUUUGUUAAAUGCGGGAAAGUACUCGAUGUCCUUUUUCGUGGUCCUCUUCGACACGCUGCGUCAGAGAUCGGAGGGUCAGCAUGAAAGUGCCUUGAGAAAUCCCUACACCUGGCUCUUCGUUGGCAGCUAUGUCUUGGCCACCACCUAUGGUUAUCUUUGGGAUGUUCUGCGGGACUUUGGCUUAUUUAGGAUCAUGGAUGGUCCGCGAAUCUUUCUGCGGGAGCAACUUGUGUAUCCCCAGGGUUUCUAUUACUUUGUCAUUGUGGAGAAUUUCUGCCUACGUUGGCUCUGGGCUGUGGAAUUUGUGAUCCAUUACAAUAAUCUAAUUGCAUCGUAUAAUCUAAGGACCAUAACCACCAUAGCGGAGAUCACCAGACGCUUCAUCUGGAACUAUGUCCGGCUGGAGAAUGAGCAUUUGUACAAUUGCGGCCGAUUUCGGGCCACACGGGACAUUCACCUGGCGCAGCUGAAUCCUCGCCAGGAACGCAUGCUGGAGAACAUGAUGGACGAGUCGGAUGGUGUGUCCAACAGGCGGAAGACCCAGACUCGCGAUCAUCUGUCCAAGGAGUAUUUCUAGAGGAGCAGCUGCUCCAG